UAUGAAUAUCAGUGAAUACACAACGCCAUGACACAGCACGUGGUGUCCGGUCCAACCACCACACAAGGAGGACCAAACCUCAGGAGUAAUCAAAAAUGGCUACCACUACAGCCGGGAGCUUCUUGGCUUUUUGAAAGCGUGUCCACGCCAUAUCUUGACUUCUCUUUCCAUAUGAGAGAAGGAAGACAGGUCUUCUUAUCGUCAGUAAUGAGCGAGAGAGAUCCCGACAAACCAAACGCCUCGGAUAACUCCUGCCCGUCAAAAGCGGUCCCGUCCGGCCCUGGCUCCCUGGAGGAGCCUCCUACAGAGCCACCUCAUAUUUCACUCCUUUUGUCCUCCAGAGAUCUCCUCUAUCCCUACAGCGGGCCUACAGAGACUGAGAAAGCCGUAUUGGUUCUCAAGGAGCAUAGCUAUGCUUCCCUUCCCCAGUUCACACAGCUAGCUCCAUUCUUGCACAGACUUGCCUCAUCCAUUGAGGGAAAAGAAGAAGAAGAACGAAACAAGAACUCAGAGACACCAUUUAAUAAUAUCUCCGCCUCGAUCUCCACCCACUCCUCCCAGUAUUCCUCAUCAAAGGCGAGGUCUUUGCUAAGGAAUGUUCGUCAAACGCUCUCGGAUACACGUCGGAGUCUGUUACUGGAUGGAGGGAGAGACCAAUCUGGGGGAAUCGAUCGUGAGAAAGCUCAGGCUUCAUCAUCUCAUUUCAGAGAAAUGAUUUCUUUACAGUCGAUGAUGAUUCAUGAGCUACAGGAACAAGUACAACUAAAGGACGCUGAGAGUAACAUGAUACUAAGAGAGAAGGAGCAGCUCAAGGCGAGAUUGGAGAGAAUGGAAAGACGUCUUAGCAUUCUACAAAAACAUUCACACGACAAGACAGAAGCUGCCUCUGGCGAAACCAUAUCAUCUCCAAGCACGCCCACAUCAAGUCGUACGCAUCGGAUAAAACCUGAUUCCGUAACUCGUCUGACAAGAUCAGAAACAUCUUCUAGUCACUCUAGAAAGUCGAGAAGUAGGAGUUCUUCGAUAGAACCAAUCACUAGUCGUCGUGCAUCAAAACUCUCUGGGAGUGCACCUACCACAAACUCUUUAGCUGUCAUGUCACAUAGAGCCCACGGGAAGAGAGAGCAGGAGGAAGAGGAUGAGGACUUACAGCAGGGAUCAAAGAAAUUGAGACUCUCUUCUAUCGACAAGCCAAACUCUUUCGUGAGAACUAGUAUAAUGUAUGAUGGGCUCAACUUGGAGGAAAAAACUAUUAUUAAUGAUAUUAUUGUUGAAGGAAAGAUCCAAGAAAGGUCUCUUCCUGAUAUUAAAGUACCAACUUGGUCAUUGAGUAAAAGUGAUUGGUCAUCAAAGGGAGGAGAGGGUGACACUGAUUUAGCUUCUGUAGAGGAAGACACUUCAGACGAUUCUUUUCUUAAGAGACACCAUAAACUAGAAGCAGAUGAGAAGAGAAGAAAGAGGUGGGAUGCACAGAGACUUCGUGAGCAGUACCAGCACAAUCAACUUAUGAAGAGGUACAUGCAGAAGGAAGGGAUGCCGCAAACUCAAGAAAAGAAGAAGGAAAAGCUAACCAGCCUGCAGCCAAAACUGGAAGAUCUGGAAGGGAUUGAAUUGGCAGAGACUGUAGUAGUCUCUGGUUUUGGGAGACCCUUACCAAAAGUACCUCCUAGUACUUUUCGUCUUGCUAAUUUUAACCCUCACUCUGCUGCUGGCAAGGGUAGGAAUAAAACUCGGACUCGCUCAUCAUCUGGAGGCUCACUGGCUGCUUCCAAUAAUAAUAAUUCAAUGUACGAAGACAGCAAUGUUACUUGAUUCUAUUUCAAAAUAUACUCUUAGCAAUAAUUAUUAUUAUUAUCAUUAUUAUUAUUAUUAUUAUUAUCAAUGAUAAUUAUCAAGUUUAGAAACUGGUGA